AUGAUUCCUUACCAGCGUACAAGCAGUUGGGAAUCCAAAGGUACUAAAAAGUUGGUGGAGGGGUUGAAGAAAUUCAAUUCUUGUGUGCAUCAACCAAGAUCUAAGCGAGCCAAACCAGAAAGGUACCGGGGCAUAUAUUUUUCCGCUAUUUCUGUGGGCGGAAUUUUUCUGCUCCACCGCCCUCAGCCCUCUUGGCCCUUCCUC